UUUCCUUUAGUGUCUGGAACACUGAGCUGGAAGUGGGGCAUCCACAGAGACGAGGAGAGAGGAAUGGCUACGGAGGAGAAGCCGGAUGUGAAGAGCAGCAGCUCCAUCGUCCCAUGCUUUCUGUUUGUGGAGCUGGUGAUCAUGGCUGGGACGGUUCUUCUGGCAUACUACUUUGAGUACACGGAUACCUUCCCGGUGCACAUCCAGGGCUUCUUCUGCUAUGACAAGACCUACUCAAAGCCAUACCCUGGUCCGGACGACACCAGCAAGAUCCCUCCUGUGCUCAUAUACUCACUUGUCACAGCCAUCCCCACCUUGACGAUUCUUGUUGGGGAGCUGUGCGCUUUCUUCACUAAAGCCAAGGGAACCCAAGAGAAGACCAUUGUGACUGCAGAGUGCUGCUACUUCAACCCCCUGCUGAGACGCAUAAUACGCUUCCUCGGUGUCUAUGCCUUCGGCCUGUUCACCACUAUUAUCUUUGCCAACGCCGGCCAAGUGGUAACGGGAAACCAGACACCUCAUUUCCUGUCUGCCUGCCGCCCAAACUACACGGCGUUAGGGUGCCAGUCCACCAUGCACUAUAUCACAGAGCGCCGCGCCUGCACGGGCAACCCGCUGAUUGUCAUGUCUGCACGCAAAUCUUUCCCGUCUAAGGACUCUGCGCUCAGCGUCUACUCUGCAGUGUACACAGUGAUGUAUGUGACGCUGGUUUUCAAGACCAAAGGCACGCGGCUAACCAAGCCUACAAUCAGCUUGACCUUACUUUGUCUCGCCAUGCUAGUAGGUGUGGUCAGGGUAGCCGAGUACCGCAACCACUGGGCUGACGUCCUAGCCGGCUUCUUUACUGGAGGCGCCAUCGCUGUGUUUCUGCUGGAGAGGAUAACUUUCUUCUUGAAUCUCCUCGAUGUGCAGGUGACUUGUGUCAUUAACAGCUUCCAGCAGAUGCAGCCCAGCCCGCCUGGUCCACAACGACCUCAACGCCCUGAAUCCGUGUUGGGCAUGCCCAUGGCGACACUGCCUUGUGUGGAGAGUCCACUCGAAAAGUUAAGUGGCCCUCAGUAUCCCACGCUCCCCUACGCCUCCCCACCGUACAACACCUACGCUCAACCAUUCUAACCAACUUUAAAUAUUCUCCGGCUGUUAAUGUCACACCUCACACCUUGCAUCUUUCUUUGGCUUAUUUCUGGUUUCAUCUGUCCAGUUAGUUUUUCAUUGUCCACCCCCGUCUUUGGUCUCUUCUCGUCCCCAUCCCGGUCAUUGCUCUUGAUUAUUAUUUCUUCACUUUUCUCUUUCCUUUCACCGGUUCUCUGCCCUGUUCUCUCUCUUUCUCACUCCUCUCUUUCCCCUGCAGACUUCGCGGGACUCUCCGUUCACCCAGAUCACAUGACCAUCAGCCCUAUCGGUUCCCCGCCACCCCCGAUGUCCUCAUUCCAUCUCGCUCCAUUUCCAGCGAAGUCUAGACCAGCCAGAGCAACGUUCGGCCAACUGCGCUGCCCAUCCGACAGGAAGACACGUGACCCUGCACCAUUCCUUUUCCACGCAGGUCUAGACCCAGCGGCGCACAGUACACGUCACCUUCUUGCCCUCUACAAAGUUCAAUCCUCGGGGAACCGAUAAGCAAAUACUACAGAGACUUCUCUUUACUGGACAGCCGACUUUCCAACUCAGCAGAACAUUCAGCAGAGUGUCAGGGGCAUCGCUCUUAUUUUUCCUUUCUUUCUUUUUUGACUAUCCUAAUUUGCAUUUUUAACUUUUUUUCAAAGAAACUGGCAACAUUCUCCAUAAAGACAAGUACUACCAGCUGUGACCAUUGAGUGUCUUUUUUUUUUUUUUUUUGCUUUUUUUUAAGAGAGACACACUUUUAUCCAAUCUGAAGGCACCACAUGCUGAGAGCUAAACGUGAAGCUGCACGCUGAUCAGCUUUAAGACCCGCCAUCAGGAGGUUGCCAUGUUGGACCAAAGAAACCCAUUGAAGGAUUUAUGCACUGCCGAGAUUUACUCUCUUUUUGAUGAGCCAUACGCACACCGCCACACAUUUUUCACUCUUCUCUAUCAGUCUCUCUCUAUUUCUCUCUCACCCUGUUUCCACAUCUCACGGCGGUGCACAUGCACACACGCUUGUCCACACAAGGCCCCAGUCAGCUCAGCGGGAGGUUCACCUGGAUCAAAGCAUCCGUUUGAUACCACUCUGCAGAAACGCCUGAUAAAAGCAAACAGGAUAAAAGUGCAGACAUCUUCCCUCGGUUAUCUUCUUCGUGUUUUUCUCUCACAUGGUUCCAACAGUGUCAAACGUAGAUGAA